GUAUGGUGUUAAAAAGAAUUUUAUCUGUGAUAAGAUUUUUAGCUUCACGUGGAUUGGCUUUCCGUGGUAGUAAUGAGCAAUUUUUUAAUUCUCGCAAUGGAAAUUUUCUUGAAACUUUGGAGCUAUUGGCGGAAUACGACGAUUUUUUAAAGGUCCAUAUUGCAUAGCAUGGAAACAAAAAGAAAGGACACGUUUCAUAUCUAUCGAAUACAAUCUGCGAUGAAUUUAUCGAGAUCUUAGGAGAACACGUUAGAAAAUCUAUUGUUCACGAAUUAAAAAAUGCGAAAUAUUUUUCUAUAAUUGUCGACUCAACGCCAGAUAUCGAAAAUGUUGACCAAUUAACUAUUGUUAUUCGAUAUGUUUUUGCCAAUAGUUGUCCUGUAGAGCGUUUUCUAGUAUUUUUACAAAUCGUUGGACACAAAGGAGAGCAAAUGGGUGUCGCAGUUUUGAAAACUUUAGAAGAUUUAAAUAUUGAUUUUCAAAACUGCAGAGGUCAAUCAUACGACAACGCUGCAAAUAUAUCUGGAUGUUAUAAUGGAUUGCAGGCAUGGCUUGCAAAGAAAAACAAAUUGGCUUUUAAUUUCCCGUGCGCGGCGCAUUCCUUAAAUCUAGUUGGAAACUGCGGAGCUGAUUGUUGUCCAGAAGCCACCAGGUUUUUUUUAUUUGUGCAAAGUAUAUGUAUAUUUUUUUCUGGAUCACCAGCUAGAUGGGAGAUUAUGAGAAAACACUUAUUGACAUCGGACUCUAAUCUAGUACCAAAAAGACUAAGUGAGACUUGUUGGUCAGCCAGAGCGGACGCUAUAAAAGCUUUGUCUCUAGGAUACAAUUGUUUUCGAAAUGCUUUAGAAGAGCUUAGAAUUGACAGCAGUCAAAAGCAAACAACUAGAAUAGAAGCACAAUUUUUUAUUAACUCAUUGAAUAACCUUGAAAUUGCGAUUAUUUGUAAAAUUUGGAAUGAUAUUUUGCAAAAAUUCAACGCUACAAAUAAAAGUUUGCAAAAUAUUAAUAUUGAUUUGGAAACUGUGGUAAAAUUGUAUAAUUCUUUAAAAGAUUAUCUCUUAAAUCUUAGAACAACGGAAUACUUUCUGGAUUUUGAAAAAAGAGGCAAAGAAAAGUCUGGCUGUGAGGAGUACAAUUCUAAAAUUAAUCGUAAAAGAAAGCGCCACUUUGAUGAAGGUGCAGAAGCUGAGACUGUUUUCGAUGCCAGAGAUGCAAAGUUUAUUUCCAUUUCCAUGUCCAAAUUUCCAAUUUUGGACAACCUUAUCUAG